GCGAGCAUUAUAGAAGACUUGCAUCAACCUUACCUGCUCAAGGUGGGGGUCAAUGAUAGAGUGUAGGAAAACUCAUGGGAAAAAAAGAUAAAAAGCUUAAAGCUUAAAGCUUAAAGCUUAAAGAAAGGUGAUGGCAGAAAGCAAGAGCUUUUCCUCAUGUUCCUUCUCUCUCUCUCUCUCUCUCUCUCUCUCUCUCUCUGAACCUUUGCCUUCUUUGAGUAAAGCUAAAAGAAACAUGUCCAACUUCAACAGCUGUACAGGUAAGGACUGAUCGUUUUCCUUCCACAAAGAUAUCGUUUCAGAAGAGCACAAGAGUUCGCCCAUGUUAGACAACACUGGUUCUGCUGGUCCAUCCUCUUCUUCUGAUGCCAUCACUUCAUUCGAACAGGGCGCUUGUAAUAAAAGGAGAAGGAGACCCGCAGGUACCCCAGAUCCGGACGCGGAGGUAGUUUCUCUCUCCCCCAAGACCUUGUUGGAAUCAGACAGAUAUGUGUGCGAGAUCUGCAACCAAGGGUUUCAGAGGGAUCAGAACCUUCAGAUGCACCGGCGACGGCACAAGGUGCCUUGGAAGCUGCUGAAGAGAGAAAGUUCGGAGGUUAAGAAGCGCGUGUUCGUGUGCCCGGAGCCCACGUGCUUGCACCACGACCCCUCCCACGCUCUCGGCGAUCUCGUCGGCAUAAAAAAACAUUACAGAAGAAAGCACAGCAAUCACAAACAAUGGGUUUGCGAGAAGUGCUCUAAGGGAUACGCCGUUCAGUCAGACUAUAAAGCCCAUCUCAAGACUUGCGGCACCAGAGGCCAUUCCUGCGACUGUGGCCGUGUUUUUUCCAGAGUAGAGAGCUUCAUCGAACACCAAGAUGCUUGCACUGCCCAGCGCGGCCAGGCCGAAUUACUGUCGCUGCAGCCGGAAGCACCAGAAAACAUCUUCUUUCGGUCGCAGUCAACCGGUGAUCCUAUUAAUCCCGUUCAACACCAUAAUCUUGAGCUUCAGCUCCUGCCAUCUUCAAUCCUCAUGCCGCAAAAAUUGGAAGAAAAUCAUCUGAAACUCUCGAUCGGGUCUUGCAGCCGCGGCAAAAUCAGCGAGGUGAUAUCUCCGGACGAAAGGAACGGCGCAGAACCCACAUCGGAAGCAUCGAGGUUGAGGGAACUUGCUAGUGAGCAGCUGAGGCUGGCCAUGGCAGAGAAGGCCUUUGCCGAAGCGGCGCGGCAAGAAGCAAAGCGGCAUAUUGAAAUAGCCGAGCAGGAAUUCGCCAACGCCAAGAGGAUGCGGCAGCAAGCGCGGAGCGAGCUGGAGAAUGCUCAGGCUCUGAAAGAGCAAGCCACGAGGAAGAUCAAUUCCACUAUUCUUGAGAUCACUUGUCACUCUUGCAAGCAGCAGUUCCAAGCGUCGGUGGGAGUGGCGCCGUCCGAUGAGACGUCUCUUGCGAACAGUUACAUGUCAUCCGCCACAACUGAAGGGGACGGAGAGCAAUAGGAGAGCGAUCCAAGUGCUGAUCUACGAAAGAAAACCUUUGCCUUUGUUUGUUUUUGCUUUUAUUUUUUUCUUCUCAUUUUUUCUUCAUUCCCCACAACAAGCGAGUGUUUGCAUUAAAACUUACCGUUUUGGUUGUUCAUUACGUGAAUGUACGUUCUAACCCUC